GGUCGCGCGCUGCGGAAUUUCCCGAUUAUCCGGCUCCGAUCACCUGUUGUGGGAAGUAAGUUCGGUGUUACCUCUCGCGAUCCUUCCGAAAUCGAGGGUCGCCGGUCGUGUUUUUUUUUGCGACGGUCCGUUUCCAGCUUGUUGUGUUUUGGCCUUGCUCGUAAUCUCUCGUGUGCGUGUGAAUCGCGGCUUGAUAUCGCGAGGGAAUCCGGUGACGUGAACCGUGGGAUGUGUGACGUUGGUGGGCUUUGGAUGUGGGUAGUUGGUUCAUCUUCCCUAUCCUGACUUUAUGUUUUGACCCCCCUCUCCCCCUUUAAUUGAUUGUUUCGCGCAUCCUAAGAAGUUUUUCCUUCCACCGGGUCGGUGAUCGUUGGUCUGAGGUCGGUUGAUCGCGAGGAUGGCGAUUAUUAACAGUGUCCGUACUUUAUCGGUCAUAGAAGUUGCUAUUUAGAACCCCUCACCUUGUUGUUUCCAUCUUUCUCCUAGGCUAUGCUGGAGCUUCGCUGUUAUGAAUAUUUAGGAAGCUACACCAACGGUUACAAGUUCCUCUCUCUCUCUCUCUCUCCCUCUCUCUCUCUCUCUCUCUUCCUUCUCCGGCUCUGUCUUUGAGUGGUAGUUGGGGUAGUGGAGUACUGAUACCAGGAAAGUUUCUAUGUGGGGAGGGUUUAAUGUCACAAUAGGAUUACCUUACGCGAUGAUCAAUUCAGAUGUCGUGGAAUUUCUAAACUUAACAUUCUGGGUCAGUUGAUGCUACGAUGAAGAUUGGAAGGAGGGGGGUACAUGGACAGUUGUUGCUCUAUGUAUCUUUAUUUCCAACUCUGUCAUAUGAUGGCAAAAAUGAAAACUCAUGGAUUAACACAACCAGUACUAUUCAUUCUAAUUUUCUUCAUCUAACAUUCUCUUUCCAGUGUCUGUAUACAAAAUCAGUGGCGAUAAUGAUCAAUAAAUUACUCAAAUAGAAAGCCAGUUGCUUAGGCUUUAGACUAUCGUUUGACCUUCACAGAGGCCUUCAAAUUAGCAGCGCCUAUUGAACAAAAAGAAUGCCCACUUGUGCUUUUUUCUGUAUAUCUGCUGGUUUAUUUUUGUCUAAUAUGGACCUUUUUUUCCAAUUAGAUACUCAAAUAGAAAGCCCUUCUCUUAGGCUUGGGAGUAUAUUGACAUCUUCACAUAGGCCAACAAGUGUAUCGCAAUGAUUGUAUACAAUAAGUACCUGCCCAGUGCUUAUGGAUUUCUGGUUAUCUACCACUUUCAUAUCAUUUCAAGUGGACAUAGUUUGUACUUAAUCAUUGUUUUUUUAAGCACAUAAAAGUGUGCGAUUGAUUUAGUUUUUCAUAAUGCCUGAUGAAUGGAAAAUUGUAGAAAUGCUGAAGUCCUCGAAAAGAAAAUCACAGAGGAUGUCAUAGUGCGUAGACUAGGCUUAUAGUAUCUCCUGGACCUAAUGUUGCAAGCAUGAUGGCUUGAUAUCAUUGGGACCUAGAGUUCAAUUGAAUUACCUUUGGCAUCGACUAGGUUUGCCUGUUUCUGUUGUGCAGGUUUUGUUCGGUACAAUUGGUGUGAUUUUUGUUGCUUGACUUUUAUUCUAUGGAGAAUUUGGAAGAACAUGUCUUCAUAUGCAGGGGCAUUUUCUAUUAGCUUGACGAUGGUUGUAUCCAGGAAGUCCAGUUGACCAUGUUCACAAGGCUCCGCCUUUCUAGGAGUAUCUCCGUCUGUUUGUAUUAGUAAACACACAUACUUGAAGAAAAGAUAGUGAUCAACCUGGCUCUGCUGGUGGGCCUUUUGAUGGUUGUUUUGUCAAUAUUGGAGAGACACGUAUUUAAUACUAUGUGCUCCUCAUGGAGAAUAGAUGUAUCAAUCUUACAAGAAAUGAAAAUUUAUGGGGCAUAGGCAUUUGUUUGGUGCAUCUCAGACAUUUGAGGGUAAUCAUGCUCAAAGCUGGAAUAACAUGAAUAUGGAGCAACCGAAUAUGCAAUUAGCCAGGGGAAGUUCUGUAGAGAAUGGUACUUACUUUUAUCCUGUGGAGAAUGUGGCAGUGAAUGGAGCACAUUAUGCUUCUCAUUGGACUGCACCAAGGUCAAGUGAAUAUGUUCCUCUUGGUCACAAUGAUGUGUUGCCACAUUGUCAACCCAAUGUUGCUGGGCUAUCUCAGGAUUCUUUUGUGCAUGCACCAAACAUGGGGACAUUCAGGGCAUCGACAGAAAAUUAUGCAUGUCAUGGAUCAUCGUCAUCGUCAUCAUUGUCGAAUUACAAUGGGCAUGUGCCAUAUGGUGUUGAUGGUGGAUUUAUUGAUCUCACGGCUGAUGGUGGAAGAGGACACCUUAAGAGAAAAAGCCCUGUAAUACCGUCAUUGUGUGAGAGAGGCAGUAGUAGCAGAUACUACUGUCCUGGAAGCGGAAGUUCCUCUGCUCCUCCUGUCUCUUCUGAAUUACAGCUGGACGAACCAGACAUUGACUCGCUUCAUGCGCCUUGGGAUCAUCUCUCUGCUAAUGGAGAUUACACCUACAAUGGGCCCAACAGCCUUUCAAUCAGGGGUGAGGGUCCUUUAAGGAACGUGAGAAGUCGUUACGGGGUUGAAUUAGAUACCAAUGUGUCCAGGGCACAUAUGCCAACCAAUCCGCACAAUUUUAUUUAUACAAGCAACCCGGUUGAGCAUUCUCGCGUGGUAGAUCUUCAAGGUCAGUCUAAUGGUCUGACAUGUGACUGGAGCCAUACCACUGUUCCUCCUGCUCAUGGUAGGAUGUCAAUGCCAGGUGGAUAUAGAGACGGACCAAACCAGUCUUUUGGUGGAAGCAGUACUGUUGGUUCUCCCAUUGAGACUGGUGGAUCUGAUUUUAUUUCUAGGAGAAAUUCUAUCCUCCGUCAAGGUCAUCUCGGAUCCUCAAGCCAGCCACUGAGAAGUGUUCGUAGCAUCUCUUCUCAAAGAUCUAGCCGAGAUCCCCGGCCUUCUUCAAGCGGCUUACGAUCUCUACAAGUGGGACCUUCAGAAGAGAGACUGCCAUCAGUUGCAGAUGGUUACUCUAGACAUCCAAGACCACUUUCUGCUAUAGGAUGGCGUAACAAUGAUGGGGCUCGGAGAUCAAGGGUAUCUACUGAAAGAUUUCGGUCAUUUCCUGAUGAAGGAAGUGGCCACGAUCAAUUAGAAUAUGAGGGAUUCAUGAUUGCGGAUCGCUCAGGCUUUUAUGCUUCAAGAAGUGUGUUUGAUGAGCACCGAGACUUGAGGCUAGACAUAGAUAACAUGGGCUAUGAGGAGCUGCUGGCAUUAGGGGAAAGGAUUGGUAAUGUCAGUACAGGCUUGUCUGAGGAUUCAAUAGCAAAAUGUUUGAAAGAAACUGUACAAUAUUCAUCAGAGAAAUUUCAGGAUCAAAGUAGAUGUGUUAUCUGCCUGGAGGAGUACCAAAACAUGGACUACAUGGGGGCAUUGAAAACUUGUGGCCAUGAUUACCAUGCGGGCUGCAUAAGGAAGUGGCUAUCGAUGAAGAACUUGUGCCCAAUUUGCAAAGCUCCGGCGCUGGACGAGGGUAUGAAGCAAGCCUAAGUUUAUUCUUCUCGUCUUUGCUCCCUUGUCAUGUACAUAUUCGAAACAAAUACUCAGCUCCAAAUGGAGGCUAAAGAUGCUUAGGGGACUUGUAUAGGGAUUAUCUGAAAGAUUCUAUUCAUUUAUUUCGGGCUUCCAUAAUGAUUUGUGGACGCCAAUUUAAGUUUAUAAUGUAGCGUGGAUGUGGAUCAGGUCA